AUGGAUCCUCCUUCACCCCAAGCACUCAUUUCUGCCAUGGAACAAUUGUACAGUUUAGGAGCACUGGACGAGGAGGGGCUGCUCACCAAAUUGGGUAGGAAAAUGGCUGAGUUUCCUCUGGAUCCACCCUUGUCUAAGAUGCUACUGGCCAGUGUGGACCUUGGAUGCAGUGAUGAGAUCUUGACCAUCAUUGCAAUGAUUCAGACUGGUAAUAUUUUUUACAGGCCUAGGGAAAAACAAGCCCAGGCAGAUCAGAAGAGAGCCAAGUUUUUCCAGCCAGAGGGAGAUCAUCUGACUUUACUUGCAGUCUAUGAGGCAUGGAAAGCUAAGAAUUUUUCAGGGCCAUGGUGUUUUGAGAACUUUGUUCAAUCUCGAUCCUUGAGGAGGGCACAGGAUGUCAGAAAACAGCUUCUCAGCAUCAUGGACAAAUAUAAACUAGAUGUUGUCAGUGCUGGAAAGAAUUUUACAAAGAUCAGGAAGGCAAUUACGGCAGGGUUUUUCUUCCACGGUGCUAGAAAGGACCCGCAGGAGGGUUAUAGAUACCAUGAACCUAACUCUUGGUGUCUUAGUAAGAGACGUGCUUGA